UUACUAAACUAUGACGUGUAUUGCAUGAUCUCAAACGGCUUUAAAAAUUAGACAACGUGAGCUUGUCAUUCUCUUUUAAUUGUCAAGUCAAUCUAAAAAUAAUAAAAUUCUUCCAACACCGCAUUUUAUUAUAACUCAAGAAACACCAAACUUUUAAGAACAGGAUGUCGGACGUAAAGAUCGUCGCGGCGUCUAUCGUUAGCUUCCUGAAGCAACAACUAGAAGGUUCGGAACUGAGUGCUGACAACCGCGAGAGCGUCGAAGUCGCCGUGCAAUGCAUAGAGACUUCGUUCGAACUUGGGGCUGCUGAUUCUGCCCGCGCCGUGGACCUGCUGGCGCUCGUACGUAACACAACAAGCGCGGGUGGCGUCGCACCGGGACCUGUCAGUGCAGCUACCAGUGCUGCCGCUGAACAGCUUAAGAACGAGGGUAACGAGCUGAUGAAGGCGGAGAAGCACCGCGAGGCGCUGGAACGUUACUCGCGCGCCGUUGAAUUAGACCCUCGAAAUGCUGUAUAUUUCUGUAAUCGCGCGGCCGCUCACUUUAAGCUAGGUGAGCACGAGGCGGCAGUUGCCGACUGCACUGCAGCACUCGCACUGCAACCGGACUACAGCAAAGCACACGGUCGUCUUGGACUUGCGUUGACCGCACUCGAGCGACAUCGUGAGGCGCGCCAGGCGUACGCGCGUGCUGCGCAGCUAGAGCCAGAUAAUGAAUCCUACCGCCAAAACUUGCGUCUCGCUGACGAACGGCUUGCUGCGCGUGGCGAACGUGGACCGGUGGAUUUAGGAGGGCUUCUGCAAAACCCUGCCUUGCUCAAUAUGGCUACUGAGAUGCUUGCAGAUCCCAACAUGCAGAAUCUUAUCUCUGGACUUAUGAGUGGCACACAAGCGCAAGGAGGGACAGGUGCAGCAGGUGCGGGAGGCAUGAGCGCGUUGUUGGAGGCCGGGCAGGCAUUGGCACAGCACAUGCAAGCAGCCAACCCUGAGCUGGUGGAGCAGCUUAGGCGCCAGGUGCGUCCUCCUGGGCCCACACCACCACAGUGAGCAACAUGGCAAGUCUAUAUUUUGGUACUCUGAGCCAACCUGUGUUUUGUCUCUCAUGGACGGAAUGUUGCCAGCUAUAUAUAAUCAUUUCACUCUCCAUUCCAAAUAAAUCUACAGAAAAGGAAAUUAAUUUGGUAGCAGUCUGCCCUUUUUUCAAUAAAUGAUUAGAUAAAAUUGAUUGUAUAUACAUUAAAUUAAUAGUAUGUUUUCUAAUUGACGAUCGUUUUCGAUUUGACGUUCAUAUGCGCAUUGUAAUAUGCCUACUUGAAAAAUAAAUAUUUCAUUUUCAUUUUUAAUGUAAUUGUAUGCCAUUUUUAAAAUAUGCUACCAUUUUAAUCUUGUCAAUAAAUUGCUAGGGGAAAUUCCAGUUUUACUAAGAAAUUUCUGACAAAAAGUGUAUUUUUAACAUUGACUGAAUGUUAGAGGAUCAUGAAUAACUUGUAGAUUUAUUGGGACAAAUUCAAUCAUUGUUCAUCUAUUCAUGGUUCCCUGUUUGGUUUAGCAUUAAGUUACUCUUACAGUUAGUUUCUUUAUGGGAUGUAGAUUUUCUUAUAAUCAAAUUAUAUCCACCUGCAUUUAUUUAUAAACAAAUUAUUUAUGUCUUUCACAGUAUCCCUGAAUAAUCAUUAUGUUUUUAAAAUGUAUACUGCAGAAAUGUCUUUCUGAGAUCCUGUUGCAUUGUUAGCAAAUUAUUAAGUUAUUUGGAAGACAAAAGUUAGACAAAAGUCUAAUUUGGAGUAAAUGUCUCCAACCUUAAAUAACAGGAACCUCUGGGUUCAGAUACCCUUAUUCAUCAGUACUGACAAAUUUGCAUUUUGUGUGUUUACAAAAACAUAUGUAGGUAUAUCACACAUCACUAUCGCAUGGUGCUAUUUAUACUGUUAUAAUAUUAACAGUUACCACUCUAGUAAUAGACAUCUUUUAUCCAUGCAUUCAUAGGUAAUUAUAAGAAUUCACAAUGUAUGUGUAGCCCUGCCUGUGCUGUGCUGGCAAAUGUGUAAAUAAAAUACAGAUAUGUAUUGUAUUAAAUGUGGAUAAAAGUAUGUAUAGUCUGGGUAAUAUAUGCAAACAAUUUGCUCAAAAACUGCUAUAAGUUUCAUUUGUUACAUGUAUUUUGUCAAUGAAUGGGUUAUGUAAUAGAAUAACCUUUAUGUACCUACCUUACAUCAAGGUGUAUUUUCCUAAAACAAAAUAAUUACAUAAAGUGAAUUUCUAACAUUAAUGCGAAGAUGUGUUUGACCAUCUUGUUUGCAUAAUAGUUAGUGGCACUGACUAUACUGUGCACAAUGUUGCAGCCGCCGCAGGCGUCUCCACGCGACUAUCUCUAGCUAAGAUAUGAACUUGGUUUUGUUAAUAAAUUUAUUUGAAAAAAAAAA